AGCCAAUAGCAGCACAGCAUGGGCCCCGCCCGGACCUCGGGCUUCGAGUCCGCGCGAGGCGGGGCUGCGGCGGCUGAGGCGGCUGUGGCAGUAGCGGCAGCGGCGGCGACGCGUCCGGGCAGGACUGAGCCUCCCGCGGUUAGCACGCCUGGGAUGGAUAAUGGUGUGCAGGAAGGCUCGGUGCGCCUGGGAGAGGAUGCUGAAGCCGUCCUGGCCGGGGCCGUCUCCACAAAGGCAAGUAGUGCCUUCUCCCGGGGGGACAUUGGUCCUCAACCUUCCUAAUGCUGUGUCCCUUUAAUACAGUUUCUCAUGUAUUGCUGCUAUUUGAUAAUUGUAAUUUGCUGCUGUUAGGAAUCAUCAUGUAAGUAUCUGACAUGCAGGAUAUCUGAUACGGGACCCCUGUGAGAGGGUCGUUCACCCCCCGGGUGGAGCACCACUGCUGCAGGACUAUCUCCAGGGUUCCUACUGGGUCAGCAGAACAUAGCACAGUCCCUGCCAUCCUCACUCCCUGAUAUGUGGCAGGUACCCAUUUCCGCCUGUGUUCACUGUAAGGGUCACAAGAUGCCACUGCAUGCACUGUCACCCAAAGCCUGGUGGAUAAACAAAUCCAGUCAGGUCUCAGCCUGUUGCCAAAUCCAGCAUUUGGCAACAGGCUGAGACCUUACCCAGAGCUGAGAGCAGCACUGGAGAGCUGGCGAAUGCAGAGCAGGGGUGCCAGGUUCACCCCCGAGGCCCUUGAAGUACCCCUAGUAAAGCUGGGUAUGCUAGGCUGUCACUCCAGCAGAGCUCAGUAGUCUAAGGCCCAGGAUCAUGAGUCCCAGGCCAGCCUGCAGUGUAAGCAAAUCCCAUCUCAAAAGCUUCAACAACAGCAGUCAGCUCAGCCUACCCUGUGGACCUCUGCCACAGUGGCUGCCCUGCUGGACAAUCCAGCAGGCAUAGCCCUCAGGCCUCCCUAGUCCUGGCAGGUGCUACCCAACAGUCCCAAAGUCCAUGGUGUCAGUGGCUGAGCUGGCAGCACCCUGUGACCAUCCUGACCUUUCCCUGAGUUACAGGAGCCACCUGGGACUGCCAGGGGGACAAGAGGAUGCACUCACCAGGGCCAGGUUGGAGGUCACUAGUGGGGUACUUCAAAGGAUGUGUAUGCAACCAUCUGCAUUCCAGAGUCUUCCAGGACUCUGCAGGAACCUGCUGCUAGCACCACUCCUGUGAACACCCUCCAUCACCUCCCACACUCCCCUGCCACUGGACCCUAGCGGGGGACUCCCAGCCAGGCACAGUGUACACACCUGACACCUGUGGACUCAGCUCCACCAGCUCAGCUGGUCAGUGGUCGCGCAUGCCUUAAACCUAACACUCACACAGGGAAAUCUCUAAGUUCAAGGCCAGCCUGUUCUGCAGAGUGAGUUCCAGGAUAGCCAGAGCUACACAGAGAAACCCUGCCUCCAACCUCCAAGAUGGUUCCAGAAUGCCACACUACAAUUAUACAGACAAGGGUAGGGAUGGGGAGUCAGGGACUGCACACAGGAGUCAUGAAAACUGGGAAGGUGGAAGGAUGGUUUGGGACAUUUUGCAGGGUAACUGUCACCCUCACCCAAGAGGCUGACCACACAAGUAAGCAGUGUCUGAAACAACACUGAGGCUGAGGGGCCUGUAGGAGAGGUGGGCCAGGGAGAGUAGUGCUCACUUGGGUGGCUGAGACAGGAGGAUUGCCUAUGGAAUGAGACCCUGUCUCAAAUCAGGGAAAAUGACAGUUAUGUGGGUGGCACACGUGACAGUUAUGUGGCACACGCUUUUAGUCCUAUUGCUCAGAAGGCAGAAGCAGAAGAAUCUCUGAGAUGAAGCCAGUCUGCUCUAAAUAAACAAAUUCCAGACCAGCCAUGAUUGCAUAGAGGGACCCUGUCUCAAAACAAACAUCAAGAGAAAAAGGGCGGGGAGAUGGUUCGGUCAGUGAAAAGGUCUUUGUCAAGCAUGAGGACCUGAGUUCAGACCCCCAGGACUCACUGGAACCAUGAAGCCUGUGUCUGUGAGCCACACUAGGGCAGGGAGGCCUGGAGAUGGGAGGAUCCUGGAGCUGCUUUACCAUUUAGUCUAGCUAAAACAGCCCACUGAGAGACGAAAAAUGGCAAGGACACCUAAUGCUGACCUCUGGCCUCCACACACACCAGUGCACAUGAGAACACAAACAUUAAAGGCACUUGGUGCCUCUCUGGGUCUUGGUCCCCUGAUGAGAAGCCCCUCCAGCCUCUAUGAGGCCCUGACCACUUUGUUUUUGAGACCUUAACCUGGAGUUCUGUUGCAGAGAGACCACAGGCAAGUUCUCAGCUCCCUGCUAUCUGGAGCCCUGGCCGGUGCACUUGCCAAGACAGCAGUAGCCCCCCUAGACCGGACCAAGAUCAUCUUCCAAGUGUCUUCAAAAAGAUUUUCUGCCAAGGAGGCCUUCCGGCUCCUCUACUUCACCUACCUCAACGAGGGCUUCCUCAGCCUAUGGCGUGGGAACUCGGCCACCAUGGUGCGAGUGAUUCCUUACGCAGCCAUCCAGUUCAGCGCACACGAAGAAUACAAACGCAUCCUGGGCCACUACUAUGGCUUUCGUGGAGAAGCCCUGCCCCCAUGGCCACGCCUCCUGGCUGGCGCCUUGGCAGGAACCACCGCGGCUUCCCUCACGUACCCUCUGGACCUGGUCAGAGCAAGGAUGGCUGUGACGCCCAAGGAGAUGUACAGCAACAUCUUUCAUGUCUUCAUCCGCAUCUCAAGAGAGGAAGGACUGAAGACCCUUUAUUUCGGGUUCACACCCACUGUGCUGGGUGUCAUUCCCUAUGCGGGACUCAGCUUCUUUACGUACGAGUCACUGAAGAGCCUACACCGAGAGUACAGUGGUCGCCCGCAGCCCUACCCCUUUGAGCGCAUGGUCUUCGGGGCCUGUGCUGGCCUUAUCGGGCAGUCGGCCUCCUACCCUCUGGACGUGGUGCGGCGGCGCAUGCAGACAGCAGGUGUCACAGGCCACCAGCACGGCUCCAUCCUGAGCACGCUACGCUCCAUUGUCCGUGAGGAGGGCGCGGUGCGGGGGCUCUACAAAGGUCUGAGCAUGAACUGGCUGAAAGGGCCGAUUGCUGUGGGGAUCAGCUUCACCACUUUCGACCUCAUGCAGAUCCUGCUGCGCCAGCUGCAGAGCUAGGCUAAGACAACCGUGGACGGUGAGCUGUCAGACCAAGGGCAUGCAGCUGUGUGCCGGCAGCAGCGCUGUGGUACUUUGAGGAUGGGCAGGAGGGCGGGACCUGGCUUGGGGCUGUGGGGCCCAUAGCCAAGUGCUGGCCCUUAGGGUGUGACAUUGUGAUGAUGGAUAUUGGCUGUCCCCUCCCUUCAGUUCCUUGCUAUUGGCUGGUGAGUCUCCUGAGGCAUCACCCAAAGGCCCCUAAUGGGUCAAGUGCACUUCCUGGCUCUGUGUCCUUUGACGUGCUGCUGACUUUAGUGCCCAUUGGCACACCAGGCUCAGAGCCCAUCCCUUCUUACCAUGACGGUGCCCGGCCUGCAGAUGUGAUGGCUGUUCCUUUAAGCCACGCACUGGAGGGUCUCAGCUUGCUCAGUGGUGGCCGUACUUUUGUCCCUCAGUCCUCCACCACACCUGCCCACCCUCUCCCCAGUGACAAAUGGCUGCUCUUGCUCACAUAGCUUUCUCCCCAGAGCACUGUGCCCAUCCCAUUCCUGAGGGCUGCACAUGACCGUUGCCAACUGCCUGGCUUGUAACCUUUCCAGGAGGCCCCAUGGCCACCAGGCAAGGGGUCAAGUUCUGACCCACUGGAAAUGCCUAUGUGGGUGUCGUCACUCACGGGGGGCAUCUCCCAAGGCACACCAGUCAGGCCACACGCAGGCCCAAAGCCUCUUAUAUGCACAGCAUCCAUGGAGGUGGGCUCAAGCUCUUGAGACUGCUCAAGCCAGAACUCGGGGCCUUCUGUGAGGCCCUGAUACCCAUCGAGGCUGUCAUUCAGCCAGGCCACAUGAAGCCCCAAGAUGGGUGGCUUUUCCUGUAUGAGUGAGUACAGAUAUAUCCAUGGCCGGGGAAUUGGGACUGGCAGGGUCCCCAGGGACCACCAGCCAGCUUUCUCAAGAACUCCUGGGGUUCCCUUGGUGUCACAGGAACCUAUUACCUUUCAUGGGGUCUGGGGUUCUGGAUUUAGGGUCUUUGGGACAGUCCCAGUUAGAAGCCUUGGCUAUCCUGCUCCUCAGUGUUAUCUAGGCUAGCCUCCAACUUACAGCAGUCCUCCUGCCUCUAGUUUCUAGUUUUUAACUUAUCCUGCCCCAGGUCUGCACAUACAAACCCCCUAUCCUGUGCAGUGCGGUGACCUGGGUGUUGAUUCCCACAGCCAGAUGGACAGACGGCAGCCGUCUCACAUGCAGGACCUGAGCAGGGUGGCUUGACCUCCAGGCAUGUGCAGUUCUUGCUGUGGUCCUAGCUCGUUCUGUAUUUCUUACCUUGUGCCUGUGAUGCUCGGCCAUCUCUCUGCCUCCUCGUAUGGUGAUGGGCGUCCCCACCAUGUCCCCCAGUAUCCUGGCAACCUCUGGUGGCUAGAGGGACUGUGCUCUUGUGAGUGUACUGCCCACUCUGUUCCCUGCCUGGCCCCAUAUUGGGAUGGAGAGGCUGGGCACCCCAUGCCAGGAGGCUGGAGGUGACGGAAGCUCCUGGGCCACCCCAACAGGUUGCACCAUGUAGAUGGCUCAAGCCCUGCAUCAGGCAACCGGCUGGGCAGGAGACGCUAGGGUGUCAUGGGUCCCUGAUCUUCUUGCUUCCCCAUAUACCCCCAGUAGCUCUGGCUUAGGGGCUCUCUGCCUCUGUGGCUGCCCUUCUCCAUGGUCACUGUCCAGUCUGGAGUUCUAUUUUGAUGCCAUGAAGAUACUUUGUUUAUAUAUGUUUAUAUAUUUUGAAGAUUUGUGCCAACAGAGUAUAUUUAAUAAAAAUUUAAUAACUCCUGCUUCUCA